AUGGGUGAUACUACGAAAGCCUCUCACGAUGUAUUCGUGGGUUCCAUUGAUCAGGGAACCACCUCAACUCGCUUCUUGAUUUUCAACCGAGAUGGAGAGCCUAUUGCUUCGCAUCAGAUCGAAUUCAAGCAAAUCUAUCCACAGCCAGGUUGGCACGAACACGAUCCACUUGAGAUCAUAUCGUCGGUAGAACAAUGCAUUGAAGGCGCUGUCAAAGACUUUGAAACUCAAGGGCAUUCUAGUGCAAAGAUCAAAGCCGUGGGGAUCACGAAUCAGCGCGAGACCACUGUCGUCUGGGAUUAUGAGACGGGCGAACCGUUGUACAAUGCCAUUGUCUGGACUGAUACUCGCACACAAGCAUUGAUUCGCAAAAUCAAGCUCCGGCUCGGCGCCGAUCGGCUUCAAGAAUUAUGUGGUCUGCCCUUGUCGACAUACCCCUCCGUCGGCAAGUUGUUAUGGCUCCUUGAGAACGUGCCCAAAGUUAAAGAGGCCUACGAAAAGGGCAACUUGGCCUUUGGGACGAUUGAUGCUUGGCUGGUCUAUCGUCUGAACGGCGCCACCAAGAAGAAUGUCUUCGUGUCAGAUCCAACCAAUGCCUCUCGCACCUGUUUCAUGAACUUAAAGACGCUGGACUAUGAUGAUCAGCUCAUCGAUUUCUUCCGGCUUGAUUCCAGCAAACUCCGCCUGCCAAAGAUCGUCCAAUCUUCCCAUCCGGAUGUGUAUGGAAAGCUCGAGACGGGGGUCCUGAAGGGUGUGCCCAUCACUGGAUGCCUGGGUGAUCAAUCGGCCGCUCUGGUAGGGCAAAAAGGGUUCGCCCCAGGUCUGGCAAAGAAUACCUAUGGCACAGGAUGUUUCCUCUUAUACAACGUCGGCGACAAACCUGUCUUCUCCACCCACGGCUUACUCGGUACGGUGGCGUACGACUUCGGCGAGGGUAAGCGAAUGUACGCUCUUGAAGGCAGCAUUGCCGUUGCGGGGUCGAGCGUGAAGUUCUUGGUGGACAACUUGGGUUUCGUGGAGUCCUCCAGCAGGAUUAGCGAACUGGCAUCGACCGUCGAAGACAAUGGAGGUUGUGUAUUUGUGACUGCGUUCAGUGGGCUUUUCGCCCCAUAUUGGAUUGACGACGCACGAGGAACUAUUUACGGGAUCACUGCCUAUACACAGCGUGGUCACAUCGCCCGUGCUACACUCGAAGCAACAUGCUUCCAGACGCAAGCGAUCCUCAGUGCCAUGGAGAAGGAUUCUGGCCACAAACUUGCAGAGCUCGCCGUCGAUGGCGGCAUGAGCAACUCGGACUUAUGCAUGCAGACACAAUCAGACCUUAUCCAGAUCCCAGUGAUCCGCCCUAAGAUGCGUGAGACGACAGCGUUGGGAGCUGCAAUCGCCGCUGGUUUGGCAGUGGGAGUGUGGGACAACAUAGAGGAGUUGAAGGACAUCAAUGUCGAAGGCAGAACCGUGUUCAAGCCGCAAAUGGAAGAAGCAAAGAGCAAGGAAAUGUUUGGACGCUGGGAGAAAGCAGUCCAGAUGUCGAGGGGUUGGUCAUCGUAA